AUGUCGUCGCGAAAACCGGCUGACGUGGCGUCGAAAGAGCGCAACGAAUAUAUCCCAUCCUUCAUCGCGAAGAAACCGUUCUAUAUCGACGAUGAGUCGUCAGCUAACGAUUACCUCGAGCAUCAACGUCUUCAAAAACAAGCAACAGACCAAUCGAGAUGGUACGACCGUGGGAAGCGCGCUGGUCCAGCCGCCACCAAGUAUCGCAAAGGCGCUUGCGAGAAUUGUGGUGCCAUGACACAUAAAACGAAAGAGUGUCUAAGUAGACCCCGCAAACUUGGUGCUAAAUGGACUGGCAAGGAUAUUCAGGCAGACGAGGUAGUACAGAAUGUUGAACUGGGAUGGGAUGCCAAAAGAGAUCGGUGGAACGGUUAUGAUCCCAGCGAAUACAAGCAGGUGGUGGAGGAGUACGAGGAGAUCGAAAAAUUGAAGCGCAUUACCAAAAGCGACGAUCCUGACGGGACACGGUUGAUUACAGAUGUCGAAGGCGACGAGGAGGAUGUUGCUACGGAAGAGGCCCGCUACGCAGAGGAAUCGGAUAUGGGAAGACAACAAAGUACUGCGACUCGCAACCUGCGAAUCCGAGAGGACACCGCGAAAUAUCUACUUAAUCUUGAUCUCGAUUCGGCGAAAUAUGAUCCGAAGACACGGCGAAUGGUCGACAUGGGUGCGCAGGAUGAUCAAGCUGCAGCACUUGUUGCCGAGGAAAACUUCGUUCGGGCUUCCGGCGAUGCUGCCGAGUUUGAGAGAGCUCAAAAAUAUGCCUGGGAGUCGCAGGAGCGUGGAAAUCGAAAGAUUCAUCUUCAGGCGAACCCUACGUCUGGUGAGAUUCUGCGGAAGAGGGAGCAGGCUGAAAGUGAGGCAAAGCGUCAAGCCCAGCGGCAGGCUCUGCUGGCGAAAUACGGUGGCGAGGAACAUCUCCAACAUACACCCCUACGAGAUGCCAUGGUCAUCGAGAACGAGAAAUUUGUUGAGUAUGACGAGACUGGUGCCAUCAAGGGUGCGCCGAAGAACGCAGUCAAGUCCAAAUAUCCGGAGGAUGUGAUGGUGAACAAUCAUACAACUGUAUUUGGUAGUUGGUGGCAAGACUUCCAGUGGGGUUACGCUUGCUGUUACUCAACCGUGAAGAACAGUUACUGUACAGGAGAAGAUGGCAAGAAAGCAUUUGAGGAAGCCGAGAUGAGAGCGCAAGGCUUGCUGCGUGGGCCUGAGGGAGACGCCAACCAUACUCCCAAGCCAGACGAACAGACCAGCAACGAUCCCGAGGCUGAUGCUGCAGAUGCUGCCGAUGCUGCCGACGACCGCGACUCCCGCAAAGCGGACUCCAGCAUCAACCCCAGGAAGAGAACAAUGAUGGAGUUGCAGUCCGGUAUCAGUGAGGAAGAGAUAGAGUCCUACAAGCGGAGCCGUCUAGCCGCUGAGGAUCCCAUGGCUGCAUUCAUAGGGAAGGAAUGA